AUGACUGCUGCUAAGAUUAGCCCAAAUGCUAAGUACAUAGUAACUGUUGGAAAUGAAUUUCAUCAAAAGGUUCAUUUUUGGUUGUGGACAUAUGGGAAAGAUCAACCUAAUGCUUAUGUAGAGUUAACUGAACUUGGCUCAAGUAAAGUAAAGGAAAUAACUUUCAAUGAAGAUCAUCCCAAGGAAUUCGUUUUAACUGCCGAUUACAGUGUUGCAUUCUUUAAGUGGGAACAAGAUGAAUUAAAAUACUACAUACCACAAAUCUUGGGCAACGUACGACGAUAUGGAAUCUUCAAUUGCUCUUGUUAUAUUAGUAAAACACAGCGGGUAUUAACAGCAACAACAAACGGAUAUGUUCUGGUUUGGGACAUUUCUGCUGAAAGAAGUCAGAAUAAAAGUAAAAAUCAACUCACGAUUAACAAUAGGGAACACGUCAAGUCUGUGCAGUUGAUGAACAGCAGUAUUAUGGUGAUAUUACAUCACAAUAGGAUGAUAGUAACAGGAUCCUCAGACGGGCACAUUAACUUUUAUGAUCUUAAUCUAAAAAUACUUUAUUGGUGUCAACACAAGCUUUUGGAUUCUAUACGAUCGAUAAGUUUCGAUCUUUCAUCUGCGUUACUAGCUCCCGCGUUUACAGCAAGCGAAUCUAAAUAUAGAAUCGAUGAAAUAUUGUGAACAAGUUCCAUCGACAAUGACUGUAUAUUUGGAAGAAACGUUAUUUAGGAAUGAUAAUAAAAAUCGACAAGUAUUUACAAAAUUACCUCCAAUGCCUACCGAUGCUACCAUUCAGAACGCUCCCUUUUAUACCGACAAUUUCAUUAUCAUGACUGGUAACGUGCAAGGUUUCGUCUCUUUAUACGAUUAUGAGAAACGUAAGUGUAUCGUGCGCAGAGAUACUCCACCUCUUCCAGAUUUUCGUCUGCUAUUGGAUGAUCAAGCGAAGAGUGGAACUAUAAUUUAUAUUACAUGCCCAGAGAGACACGAGAAAUUGACAUCCGUUACAGCAUUGAAAUAUUCACCAAUAGGUGAUUUAGUAGCAUGUGGCCUUGAAAAUGGAACGGUUUGGAUGUUGCAUCCUAUUACUUUAGAAGCUCUUGAUAAAAAUCCUUACAAACAUUCUACACAAUCGAUACUUCGGUUCGCUUUCACAGAGUGCGAAGAAUACAUGGCAUAUGCAGAUGACACGGCAGUGGUAGCAGUAUUUAAAAAAAACCGCAAUUCCUCAAGCCGUCAUUUAUGGGACUUUGUUGGGAAAUAUCGUUCUCACGAUGGAACAAUAAGAGAUAUACUUUUCGGGCCAGCCACUACCGAAAGCGUCGUCUAUCGAUUAUUUUCAAUAGGAGACGAUCGGAAUCUAAUUGAAUAUGAUCUUAAGAAUAGUGGGCCAUUCCCUUUCCCUGGUUUGAAGAUACUUAACACUUACCAAGUUGAAAAUGAAGCUAUUCCUCUUUGUCUUGCUUGGUAUCCCGAGUUGGGUGCCGAAGGAUUUCUGAUGUAUUCUAAUUCCGAAGUAUUAACCGGUAAAGAAUAUAAAACUGGUAAAUACAUGGUAUUUGCAACUAAUAAGGAAAUAGGUCUUCAAGUACUUCCUCUUGAUGGGAAUCCUUACAAGAUUUUAGGAAUGGUAGGACAUCCAUAUAAGAUCUGUCGACAUAUUAGCGCAGUUAGGAGGCGAAGGUCUUGCACCAUAUUAUUGUUUGAUAGAUGGUGGCGAAAAAGGCUGGCUCGUCAAUGAAAUAAAAGAUCUGUUUUAUUAUGCUCAAAUUUUGCAUCAAGGUGAGAAUGUAAUAGCUCCCAGAGUAAUAUCUGACACAGUGAGCACCAAAGAAGUACCAAAUCUCAUGCGCGCCGUUGGAUAUUAUCCUAGCAACGAGGAAAUAGAAAUCCUUAUGGGUGAGAUCUCGUACAGAGAUUACGCGGAGACCGGCCACAUAAUCGAAGAAAUUAAAUUCGAGGAUUUCGUCAAGUUUUAUAUAAACCACCGUCCAGCUUUCGGGAUUUCCCUGCAUCAGAUACAAGAAGCUUUCCAAACCUUUGCAAAUCCAAAUCAAAUCCCUGCUCUGCAAGAAGAGAACCCGGUAUUAACUCGGGAACAAUUUAUGAGGAUAUUGCUUGGGGAAGAUCCUGAUGAAUUUUCAAUGGAGAAUGCUGUAGCUUUUGGAGAACCAUUAACAAUCCAAGAGGCAUUUACAUACAUGAAGUUUCUUAUUGGUUUUGACGAGAAUUUAAAUACGUAUGAAAAGAGAUCCGCGUCCGUUGAUUUCUCUUUCCUACCAGAGAUAUACAUACGUAUAUAAUCGUUACACCGAUUUCUACACUCGCGUUUCAUCGCACACUCGCAUUUCACUGGAUUUUGAUGAACUAGAAAACAUUGGAUGAAAAGAAAUUUUACGGACUGAUUUGAACAAAGUGCCUACAGCUGUACAAUCAUCUGGAAAAUGUUUACUAUGAAGGGGAGAAGGAAAAAAAAAAACCUAAGAACUAGACUAGAAAAACAAUAAAAGAUCCGCUAGUUAAUUCGUUUAUUUUAUUCUAAAACAUGAAGCGCAACGGAACGAUAGAAAAAAAUUCUACCAAAAGAAAUUUCAAUUUCUUUCGCGGUAGGUACAUUAGUAAAAAAUAAGGGGGGGGGGAAUGAGCGAGAGAGACAGGAACAAAGGUCCGAACGCGUAAUUGUAAAAAUUUGAAAGAGAUUCAAGCGACGAAGAACACAAGGAAAUGAGAAAUAAAGGAAACGGCGAAAAAAAAAAAUAGAGGGAACAAAAUGAUAAUGACGAUGACAAUGGCGAUGACGAUGGUUUAAGAAUAAUUCGGACAUAUAUCCGAAGACGAUUAGAAGCAGAAUGGUGGUCGAAAAAAAGAAAAAAGAAAUGCGAUCAUCUGAUGGGGGACACAGACACCGCCAGCAGUGCCGACAGUCGUAUCAACCGCGACUAUCGCAAUUUUGAAUUGAUGAUAACACAGCCCUCCCCUCUCACGCUAGGCUUCGAGAAUUCUUCGUUCUACGACGUAGCCUAGAAUUUCGCUUUAGUUACGCUAUUAACUUGCCUAUCCGGCUACCACUAAAUUUAUACAUCGCGCACUUUUUUGUCAUUUAAAAGAAGUACAAACAAAUGUACACAAAAAACCUUACUUCCUUGUUUAUAUAAACUCUAAGGCGUAUUUACAAUUAUAUACAAACGUUUUUCUUUUUUUCUUUUUUCUUU